AUGUUGCCUGUCACGAUGCUGGUUUUCGUGACAAGUCCUGCCCAUGCUAUGACGGAUCUUAACAAUAAUAUUCCUGGCGAGUUCUCGUCCAAAUUUGAAAAAAUUAUUGAGUUUAGUUCCAGCAACUCACGCCUCACAUGCGAUGCCUGUCGUUCAGCUAUUAAACUUGCCAGGCGUGCUGCCCUCAUUUCUAAAAGCUUACUUCCACCAUUAAUUCGAAGGCUUUGUACCGAGCUAGGUGACGGAUCUUUUGGAGACUCAACCCUAUGCCAGCAGUUACCAUGGGAUAGACAAAUCACUUCAAAACUUAAUCGCAGAACAAUGAUGGACAAAAUGAUGAAGCGGUCCUGGAGCGACUGGGCUCCUUGGAAUCAAGAUGACGAAGAUGAUAACGAUGAAGACGAAUAUGGCAGUAGCGACAGUGAAAAUAGUACAUUUUCUUCAGUAGCCCCAGGCGCUUAUCAAGGAAUUGACGACAAUAUUAACAAUGCCAACAAUACCGACACAUCUACAUCAAUACGAUCCAGUUUUCUCAAUGAUAUAUACAAUGUGCUACGUCUUAUGGAUCCAGACUCGGACGACAGUACAUAUUUUUGCUACAUGUUUGGUUUCAAGGCAUGCCCACUUCCGCAAAUCUUGGAACCCGACAUGAGUGGAUGGUGGCCCCCGCGCCCAGCAAAUGCAAAAGCUCCAACCCCAGGAGGCUCUACUAUUAAUGUUUUGCAUCUCUCUGACGUCCAUUUGCAGAGAAAUUACACAGUGGGUGCCGAGGGCAAUUGCGGCACUCUUAUGUGCUGCGCACCUAACUCGCAGCAUGUACCCAUGGCACGCUCUGGCCGUGACAGGUCCAUUGUCCCCGCCGACCCAUUCCCGGCCCCACCACUCGGAUACUAUCGUUGUGACACACCGGAACUGCUUUUGGAUAGCACUUUAAGUGAUGUUGUUGUGCGUGGUAAGGGGCUUCAGAAACGAAUGUAUUAUGCGGACCUGGAGGAUGUGGAUUUGGAACAAGGUGAGGAUUUGUUUUAUACCGAUCCUUCUGGGCGUGAGUUGCGAUCACGGCCAUUAGCCCCCCGAGCGGAAGACGGCCUCGGCUUUGAAUUUGCCAUUUUUACCGGUGAUAUGAUUGACCAUGACCCCUUGACAAUAAGCUACGAGGACUCUGUUUGGGAAGAGGAGCAGUCGCUGCGAAAGUUUAAGCAGUACUUGGGAGGGAUUCCAGUUUACCCAGUGCUGGGAAACCACGACACUUAUCCGUACGGCCAGGUGGCCCAGGAACGCAGCGGUUAUGCAAACCUAUUUACUUGGAAUAGUAAUCUUAUGGCUGAUCUUUGGAGCGAGUUUGGCUGGCUGGGGUCUGGCCCCGAUGCCGAUGCUGCUAUCGAUUCUGUGAGACGUCAUUAUGGUGCCUAUGCGGUCACGACGCGCGGUGGGCUGCGCGUCAUUUCCCUCAACUCCAACUUUUGGUACAUGUGGAACAUGUACAAUUAUUGGAACACUAGUGACCCAGAUACCAGUGGAAUUUUACGGUUCUUGUCGGAUGAACUGGUGGCUUGCGAGAAGAAGGGUCAAUAUGCUUGGAUCAUUGCUCACGUUCCUCCUGGCGGCAUUGACACGGAUGCCAUGCCUGUUUCAGCUUCAGCAUUUUCUCAAAUUAUUCAACGGUUUAGUCCCCACGUUAUUACUGGAGUUUUCUUUGGGCACACGCACCGUGAUGAGUUUCAACUUGUGUAUGCCGGCGAUGUGACUCGCCAUUUUGAAGACGAUGGGCCUGGAAGGACCCCGGUCAAUGUAGCUUGGAUUGCUCAAAGCAUUACACCCCUCACAAACUACAAUCCCGGCUGGCGUUACUACAAGGUGGACUCGCAAACUUUCCAGGUCAUGGACUCGCUCAACUUUUACACGCGCCUCAAUGAUACCUUUGAUGCAAACAGUCAUGAACAUGGCUCGCGCACCACGGACUGGCAUGCACUGUACUCUGCUCGCGAUGAGUACGCACCAGAUGACUGGCCCGCAAAUAAGCCUUUAGAUGCCCAGUUUUGGGAGAUUGUGGCCCAUCGGAUUCGUGACGAAAAGGGUAGAGCAGCUGAUGGCGACGACUCGUCGGAGGAAGCUGAUGUGCGAUGGAGGGACAGUGGGUUUGCCCAAAAGUAUACAAACUUUGGCUACCGCAUGUCACCUCAUACGCCAAGGUGUGUGUCGGACAAGUGUCGCGCUACAAAUUUUUGUUAUGUGACGAGCAUUACGCCUCUUCAAGUCAAGUCGUGCAAACAACGUUACGGACUAGCAUAA